AUGGACGUGGACGUGGACGUGGACUGGACGUGGACUGACGUGGACGUGGACGUGGACGUGGACGUGGACUGGGACGUGGACGUGGACGUGGACGUGGACGUGGACGUGGGUCGUGGACCGGGACGUGGACGUGGACGUGGACGUGGACGUGGACGUGGACGUGGACGUGGACGUGGACGUGGACGUGGACGUGGACGUGGACGUGGACGUGGACGUGGACGUGGACGGGACGUGGACGUGGACGUGGACGUGGAUGACGUGGACGUGGACGUGGACGUGGACGUGGAGGCGUGGACGUGGUCGGACGUGGACGUGGACGUGGACGUGGACGUGGACGUGGACGUGGACGUGGACGUGGACGUGGACGUGGACGUGGACGUGGGCGUGGACGUGGACGGGACGUGGACGUGGACGUGGACGUGGACGUGGGUGUGGACGUGGACGUGGACGUCGUGGACGUGGACGUGGACGUGGACGUGGACGUGGACGUGGACGUGGACGUGGACGUGGACGUGGACGUGGACGUGGGUGGACGUGGACGUGGACGUGGACGUGGACGUGGACGUGGACUGGACGACGUAUGGACGUGGACGUGGACGUGGACACGUGGACGUGGUCGUGGACGUGGACGUGGACGUGGACGUGGACGUGGACGUGGACGUGGACGUGGACGUGGACGUGGACGUGGACGUGGACGUGGACGUGGACGUGGACGUGGACGUGGACACGUGGACGUGGACGUGGACGUGGGCGGGGGAGUGGACGUGGACGUGGACGUGGACGUGGACGUGGACGUGGACGUGGACGUGGACGUGGAUGGACGUGGACGUGGACGUGGACGUGGACGUGGACGUGGACGUGGACGUGGACGUGGACGUGGACGUGGACGUGGACGUGGACGUGACGUGGACGUGGACGUGGACGUGGACGUGGACGUGGACGUGGACGUGGACGUGGGACGUGGACGUGGACGUGGACGUGGACGUGGACGUGGACGUGGACGGGACGUGGACGUGGACGUGGACGUGGACGUGGACGUGGACGUGGACGUGGACGUGGACGUGGACGUGGACGUGGACGUGGACGUGGACGUGGACGUGGACGUGGACGUGGACGUGGGACGUGGACGUGGACGUGGACGUGGACGUGGACGUGGACGUGGGACGUGGACGUUCGUGGACGUGGACGGGACGUGGACGUGGACGUGGACGUGGACGUGGGACGUGGACGUGGACGUGGACGUGGACGUGGACGUGGACGUGGACGGGGGUGUGGACGUGGACAUGGACGUCGUGGACGGGACGUGGACGUGGACGUGGACGUGGACGUGGACGUGGACGUGGACGUGGACGUGGACGUGGACGUGGACGUGGACGUGGACGUGGACGUGGACGUGGACGUGGACGUGGACGUGGACUUGGACGUGGACGUGGACGUGGACGUGGACGUGGACGUGGACGUGGACGUGGACGUGGACGUGGACGUGGACGUGACGUGGACGUGGACGUGGACGUGUGGACGUGGACGUGGACGUGGACGUGGACGUGGACGUGGACGUGGACGUGGACGUGGACGUGGACGUGGACGUGGACGUGGACGUGGACGUGGACGUGGACGUGGACGUGA